AUGGAGAGGAGAGUGAUUGACUGGGACGAGUACGAGGAUCACAUGUUGUGGUACGAUGAUGGCAUCAAGCAUCGUCUGCGUCUGAGGCCCCAGUGGACGACAGCAGAUUCCGAAGACCUGUUCGAUGACGCCUCAGAGAAUGAAGCCUACAACAAGAGCAUCAGACAACUUCAAGGUGGGUUUAGGGAGUACGGACCCCUCAUGAACAGAGUGUCUUCGGAGCUGAACAAAAGCAUUUUUCAUGCCUCUGAUGCGCUUAGUGUUGUCCCUGGGACUCAAGCUAGUGAGAACAAGUUGAGGGAAACAGUGAAGCCCCUCGCUUCAUCGAGCCAUGCAGCCUCGUCGUCUAGGGCAGUUCAAGAUGACGAGGAGGAGAGCGACGACGAUCAUGAUGCAGAGGAAGAUGAAGAAGAGGGCGCAGAAGAAGAACAUGGUGAGGAAGAGGAAGAGGACGAUGAGGAGGAGGAGGAGUACGAUGAUGACGAUGGACCUCCAACAACUCAGCCAACCCAGCGUGAGAAGAGGAAUGUGCCGAAGAAGGAUUGGAAGAGUCCAUCCCCGUUUCAGAAACCACGUCCUACGGCCCGCAAGAAGACGGCGGCCGAGAAGCGAUCCAAGGAUAACGAGGACCGAAAGUCGAAGAGGGGAAGGAAGGACUGA